GGAUCUAAAUACUUUAUCGCAGAUCCUGUAAAAUGUCGAAUUAAAUUGAUAUUUCUAAACAUCUAAUAUCAAGUACGUAAAAUGGAUUUUUUAUUGGGUGGUGUAGCUGCAAUGGGUGCAGGAAUAUUUAGCAACCCAUUCGAUGUUAUCAAGACCAGAAUGCAGUUGCAGGGCGAGCUUGCUACUCCUGGAUCUCAUCCAAUACAUUACCGUGGCGUAGGUCAUGCUAUGUGGGUGGUUGCCAAGGCAGAUGGUAUUUUGGCAUUGCAGAAAGGUCUGACUCCUGCUUUGAUGUUUCAAUUUGUUCUAAACGGGACCAGAUUGGGUUUAUUUCAAACGUUGGACAAUGCCGGUUGGACCAGAGAUGCCGAAGGAACAGUGAAUCCAUUUUUAUCAGUGCUUUGCGGUGCCACAUGUGGAGUUUGUGGUGCAGCAGUCGGUAGCCCAUUUUAUUUGAUUAAAACACAAAUUCAGGCUCAGUGCAGUCGUGUGGAUCUCGCUGUUGGCCAUCAGCACCAGCACAAUGGAGGAUGGCUGUCAGCGCUUGGUCAUAUUUAUAAAAAAUAUGGAAUAAAAGGUUUGUGGAGAGGAUUAGAAGGCACUAUUCCUAGAACAGCAGUCGCUUCUUCGGCGCAGCUAUCGACUUUUGGUAAAAGCAAACAACUGUUAGAGAAUCAAUCUCCGAAACUUAAAGAAAAACCAAUAUUAUGUGCAUUUUUGGCAAGUUUUUUGAGUGGUGCAGUUAUGGUCUGUUGCAUGACACCGUUUGAUGUUGUUUCUACUCGACUUUAUAAUCAAGGAGUCGAUUCUAAUGGUCGAGGUCUGCUGUAUAAAAACGUUCUGGAUUGUUUGCUGAAAACUUGGUAUACAGAAGGAAUUCGGGGUCUUUACAAAGGAUUUAUACCGCAAUAUGUUCGUGGAGCACCCCACACUGUCUUGUGCCUUGUUUUUUGGGACAGGUUGAAAUCUAUGCGAAAUCAAUAUUUUGAAAAUACAUCUGCAGUUGGUGAAUAG